GUUUUAAUUAAUUUUCUUUAGUCAAUCAAUUGGACAAACAAGACAAAUCAAAAUUGAAAUUCUGCCACACACGUCUGAGCGGACAUUGAACCCUAAUUUCGUCGAUUCAGUUUCAUUUCACCAUCUCUCUUUUUCCUCAAGCUAUCCAAUUCAAUCUCCUUCUCGAACCAAUCCUCUCAAUCUCAGCCCCUCACACAACGCGAUUUAUCUCUGUCGCACCGGUUCCUGUUCCCCGAUCCGCCGCCUUUUCGCUCGUUCAAGGUUUUGGAAUCAGAAACAGAGAUAUGUCUCCUGCAUCUAGAAAGUCCAAGGACAAAAAGUCUGGGAAGGAACCCCCUAAGACCCCUUCAAAGUCUUUGAACCAGGCAAAUCUUAGUGGUGGGACCCUGACCAGUGGAUACAAUCCAAUUUUGGGAACAUUUCAUGCUCUGGACUCCGUACCUGGUUCUUCUGCCUCUUCACUUCAUGCUAAUGGCCGCUUCAAAAACAUAGAUGAGACGGAUGAUCAAAGUAGCAACUCGUUUGGAAACGGCGGGGAGUAUGAUUCUGUUUCGAACAAUGGUAGCUGGUCUGGUGAGUCAGAGGACCACAAAGAAAAAACAUCUCACCCUCCUACCCCCAAACAAGAAACAGUGCCUGGUGCUGAUAAUGACAAACGCGAAAAAAUCCGUCAAAAGAAUGAGAAAAAACAUCAACGCCAAAAGGAGAGACGGGCCCAAGAACUGCAUGAAAAGUGCAGCGGGUAUUUAAUGUCAAGAAAGUUGGAAUCACUUGCUCAACAGCUUGUGGCAAUGGGAUUCUCUUCAGAACGAGCAACAAUGGCUCUCAUUCUGAAUGAAGGAAGAGUAGAGGAAUCAGUGGCGUGGCUGUUUGAAGAAGGUGAAGAAGCAGAUAACAAUAAGCGCAAAGAACACAAAAUUGACGGUGGUGGAGGUAAUUUGAAAAUCGAUAUAUCCGAUGAGCUUUCUCGUAUUACAGACAUUGAGAGUAGGUAUAAGUGCUCCAAGCAGGAGGUUGAGAGGGUCGUGGUUGCCUGUGAAGGUGAUCUCAAUAAGGCUGAAGAAACUCUUCGGGCGCAAAAGCAGGAUACUGCAAAUAGCGUGCAAUCAAAACCAGAUGAAACCAGUAAACCCCCAUUGACCACUAGUAAUCAGAUAUCAACAAUUCUAUCUGCAAAACCUGCUCCAUUGGUCUCUAUACAGCAGCGUAAGGAUGAAAAAAUACCAAAUACUUCUAUAGAUCCAGCAGGCAAAAGUAUACAACAAUCAUCAAAGGGAAUCCAACCAAAAACAGAAUGGGUCAAGCCGGCACCACCAGCAAUCACUCCUUCUCCUGAUAAGCGAUGGCCAAGUGCAAUAAUAUCAAAUGCAUCUUCAUAUAAUUCUUUAACUACUUCACAAACCCCACCACCUCCAGCAGUGAUGGUGACUAGUGAACCUCAUAGAUACAUAGCUGUUGGGAAUGAACUGAAGAACCUACAGCUAGGAAGCAUUAAAGAACCGGUUAUAGUAAUGCAACGACCACAGCAACAGUCCAUCAAUGCAAAGCAACAGGGGGUUCCACCAUCAACCAUAGUAAGCUCAUCACCUCCUGGUGGAGGGGGGUGGUACCUACAUGGUGUUGAACCUAUGAAGCCUGAUGGGAUGGUGACACAUGUUCCAGGCAUGAGAAACCCUAGCCAUGACAGUUUCAGUACAUCAAACCAAUUAUUAUUCAGUCAUCAUCAUUAUCUCCCGCAACAGUAUCAAAAUGUGUCAAGUAAUGGGGGCGCACAUGAAUCCCCAGGAAUUAGCAGCAGGGGAAACAGUAUAUGGAGUAGUAGAACUGGUGGUAGUACAUUUCAGCCUCAUACAGUUGCUGCGGCUUCCUCCCUUGGGCUCUUCUCUGGGUUAGGCAGCCACAGCCCAUUAGGUCCGCCUUCUCCUCAUGUGGAUUGGAACAGUGGGUUUUCAGUGCCGCAUCUGGAUUACAACACCAUAGACUGGAGUCUGGGUUCUAAUUUCUCUUCAUCAGCUCCGUCGGGAGGCCUGUGGUCGAAAAUGAACCCACCCAUGCAAAACAACCACCAACACCAUACAUUUCCGCCGGGAAGGGUUGCUAUGGGACCCAUUUUGUCUGAUGGCAUUUCAAUUCCUACCAGGUUGCAGGAAGGGAUGGGUUCGGCCGUGGAAACAUCAGCUGGUGGGGUGUCACGUGAGUGGACUUCUCCUUUCGAAGAGAAGGAUCUUUUUAGUUUGCCCCGGCAAUUUGUUUCCUCUCCUUCCUUAUAGGGAUAUAGGGACGGGGGAUAAGUUUGAUGGUUGAAUAAAAGGAAAAAAGAAAGAGACAUUAAGAUGUGCUUGGAUUUGGUGUUGGCGUUGUUUGAUCAUAUAUGAAUAUGCUUUUCCCCUUGUUAAUGGUUGUCUUGAUCAAUUCUAGUGCAAUAUGCUCUUUCAAAAAUUCUUUGCUUAUCUUCCUCUUUCACGUUCCAUGAAAAUGCUUUGCAAGGACUUGUGCUAAAUCAUACUGGAACCUCUUCGUGAUAA